GGAUAUAAAAUAAAACAACUCAAAAAAAAAGUUUGUUCCAUGAUUUGAGACGAAUUUCGUACCAACGGCCCAAUAUCGCUUCCUUAAUCAACGGCCCAAGCUUGGUAUUUAUUUAUUAAGGAACCAGAGAACCAAUGAACACAAGCCACCUCGAUACACCCAUUAGCAGCAUCAUCAUCAAAGGCGCUUCAUUGUUGUUGUUGUUGUUCGAGACGUCGUGACUUUCAUUACCGAGAAAACAUAAUUAUAGAGAAGCUCUCAAUCUUGUUUGCUUCUGGGCAGUAUCUAUGAUUACUGUAAUGGAUCCCUCUUUAAUUAUCUUUCCCUUUCAAGUGUACACACCAGUUGGUUCUCCAGAGCGCAGAGAUGGCGGAGAUGCAUCAAAACCCUGCGGCGGAGACGAUUCCCGGUACACCCGUAAUCCGGGAGGUGAGAACCGGAUCCGGGUCCCAGAAUUUCAACCCGGAGAGUACAAGGAGAGGAGGACUGAGAGCUGAAAUCGACAUUUAUUCACCGUUAUUUGGUGGUCGUGGGUCUCGGGUUCCGUUCAAUCUUGGAAACAACUACGACGGUGUGGGAGAUUUUGACAUAAAGAGGAUGAAAGAACAGACAGUGGAGCUUGAGAAGGAUCUGAUUAUGAAAGAGUUAGAAACACUAGAUCUUCUUGAAGCUCUUGGAUCAACCAAAAGCAUUGUUGAAGAUUUGAAGUGGCAGCUCCAGCAACAAGCACUUAGAUGCAAGGAGACCCCUCAACAUUUGCGUUCACACAUCAAAGAGAUGAUCGAUGAACGCUCGCCAGAUCUGACCCUCUUGGAAUUGAAGCAAGCAAGUAUGAAUAUUGGUAAAACCAUGGAUGAUCUUGCGUUAAUCCAAUCCUAUUCUGAAUCUCUGAAUAUAAAAACGAAGGAAGAGAAAGAUGUCUUUGGAGUAGUGUCUCUAGCUGAGGAGCUUAACAGUUUGAGGUUUAACCCAGCAGGUCCUGAUGAAGGAGAGAGGUUCAAUACCGAGAAUUUACUUGUGAACCCACAAUGUGAACAGAUUAAGAUGGUAGUUGAAACCAAUGAUACAGCUUUUCAUAAACAGAGCAAGACUUGCCUGAGAACUGCAGAAAUGAGAUUGGUUGCUGCAAGAAAAAUGGAAGAGGCUGCACGAGCAGCGGAAGCAUUUGCGAUUGCUGAAAUGACCAUAUUAUCCAGCGUAAAAAACGAAGACACAUUCUGCUUCCCGGAGCCACCAUGUUUUCCAUUAACACUUAAAGCACAGAUGAACAAAGAAUUAUCCGCCAAUGUCUCAAGAAUAGAGAUCUUGAGGAAGCUGGAGGAAGCUAAUGAAGAAGUUAAACAAAGUAAAAAAGCUUUGGAGAUGGCGUUAAACCGGGUAGAAGUCGCCAAUACGAAGCAACUUGAAGCACAAGAUGCGUUUCGCCAAUGGAACAUAGAGUCAUGGAAAGACCAGAAAGCUGUUGGAGCAAAACACUCGAUGAAAAGAGACAGCUUUCCUCAACGCUCCUUCUUGAGCCAUGUGAAUCAGCACGAGCCACUGAUCGAUCUCCUUGAGCCAAUGCUGAAACGUAACGUCUCAAUGGGUAAUAAUGUUCUUAACCGAAAAGACGAGAAACAGUUGGUCACGCCGAGAAGAAAGUUUAGGUUCAUACAAACACAUCAAGAUUCCAUUGGAGAAACAGAGUAAGCUAAAAAACCCAGCUUUUAAAAACAUGUUUUGCACAUUUCAAUUCCUGUUUUUUUUUUUUUUUUUUAUUGUUUGAUCAUUGAUAGGUGUUGUUGCUUCUAUCUUAAACAAACCCCAGAUGAUUAGAGUGAACGUGUUUUUUUUUUGACUCAAAUGUGACGAAAAGAAAAACAUUAUAAAAAUUAAAGCUUCUAGUAAUCAUAAUUAAUUAUGGGAGUAGUUAGUGAAGGGCACUGAUCAUAUGAUUUAGGUGGUGGGCAUUUUCAUUGUUUUAUGAGUCUUAACUACUGCAUUUAAAGUGUAGAUUAGCAAAUUAGGUGAUCCAUAAUCAGUACCUCAACUAUGUAUAUUUUUUUAUAACUUUGGUCUUUACAAAGUUUCUUUCUAGAUUCUCAAAAUAGAAACUGAAAGUCUGAAACAUUCAGAUUGCACUACGGAGAAUAAAAAAGAAACACACUAUUUACGAUUUUGGAGUGGUCAGAUUCAGAAUGAUGACGUGGCCAAGACUUUUAAGGCAAUCUAAAACUAUCCAAUAACUAAAUGCCACGUGUUUCAGUCUUCACAACAAAGAUUUCGUCUGGAACCCUCGUAUUGGCUAGGAAGUGGGACCAAUUCGAAACCAAAGAAAGAAGAAAAAAACUGAGUAAACAAAUAAUUCAAAAAAUAAAGUUGGAAAAUUAAGAGCGGCGUGGGUUAGCAAAAUCAUUGUCUCAGGCUAAAAUGUGCCACUCCCAACACCGUGGGAUAGUCUUUUCCAAGUGUCAACUAUCCGACGGUACGUUUGGUACUUUUUAAAAUUAGGUUGCUUUGCUCUCGUUUCGUGUCAAUAAUCCAAAAAGACAACGUCUUUAUAUUUAUUGAUUUUGUUUCUCCUAAACAUUAAAUGUUGUAGCUUUUGGAUCCAUUUUAGUAUGUUAUAAAAUAUAUAAAAAAAACUUCUGCUUUGCUUAUAAAACGGAAAGGAUGUAUAGUACACAAAGAUCCAGAUCAACCUCAUAGAAAGGAAAAAAAAAGAAGGGAAGAUCUCCUUGUUCAAAGUAGUCAAUAAAUUGGCCAAUAUCGAUCUUUAGAAAGAUCCAUCGAUGGGUCCAUGGCAUGGCGACCGGACCACCGCGUCCGCCUCGACGGAUCGAGUCGCUCCGAGCAUGGUACCGACAAGUUUCAGGCUAAACCAUAUGGAGAAGGGAAGAUAACGAGAUCUCUCUAGACGUGGAUGGGAUUUUCGGUUCAAAGAUGGAAUAUACGUAUAAAUUCAAAUCGGAAUAAAGUUUGAUAAGUAGCAUAUAGAAUCAUUAUCAAUGUGUUAGAAUAUUAUUCUCAACCUAUGUUUCGUUCAUCCCAAUUCCCACAUUACCUCUAAAGGUGAUCUCAAAAGGCAAGUCAUUUUUUCUGGCUAUUAAAUGAAGCUUCGAUUACGAAUACUUUUCCAAUAUUUUCUCCCCUAAUUUAUUAAGUGCUUUGCAAUGGAGAAAGAUUUGAUGGAAUUGGUAGUUACUAGUUUGUAUGAAUAUGAUAUGUUUAUAUAUUGUAAA